UUUAAAAUAAAUUUCUUGUUACCUAAUAAAAAUGAACCAAGACCCGAGACCGAUAGAUUACGAAGGAGUGAAGUAUGGCAACCCUGAAUUAGACAAAAUGCCUCCAGACCCAGUUGCAAAUCCAUUCAUGGCCCAGCAAGAGAUGCUCAAUCUACAAAUGCCUGAUCACAGAAGAGCAGUUAAUGUUGUAGGUGCUAUAGAUCAGAGACCUGAAAGUAAAAAGGGGUUUGACUCUAGUCCUUUGGGUACCUCUCCAGACACUUCAGAGACCAAGAUCCGUGGAAAGAAUCAGCAGUCCGGAAUGAGGAAGGAUGUCCUUGGUCCUGCUCCUCAUGAUAUCAUGGAUGAUGACCAAUACACUAAUGAAAUGGACAAUAUCGAAGAACCUGUACCAAUCGAUCACGAUUCUUACAUGGAAGACCCUGGUAGAGAAGUGCAAAAUUACGAAAAUUUUGAAAGUUUUGAAGAGAGGAAGGACAAAUUCAACCUUGAAGAUGCCCUUGAGAUUGAGAAACAUCUCCUGAAGAUCAGUGAGAGUUUGAGGAAACAAGAAGACCCAACAGCGAAUUGAGAAGACUGGUGGAUGGUCACAGAUCCUUCUAGCUACUCGCUGAUCAAAUUAUCCUUAUUUUUUUAAGAACAAAGCUAUAAUUGAUGCAAUAAUGGAAACUCAGAAAAUGGAAUUGAUAUCAGUCUCGCUCCUACAGUUCCUUAGCUUCGAGAAUUCUCUCGAUAAGUCUCUUUGGGUUCCUUUUAAAAAUCUGCUAUUUUUCAUCCACCAGAACUGCCUGAUUCUGAAUAAAUUACUUCUGGAAAGGAUCCCAAAAAGUGGUCGCCCAAACUCUUGGGCAGUCAAGAUCAAGAAGAUAUGUGAGAGCAAGCUAAUCAGGUUGUAUAAAGAUAGAGAAGAGACCUUGCAAGCACUCAAAAUAAAUAUUGAGAGUUGCAAGUCAGUCCUGUACAGCAUCUGUAGCAUCAAACCGAGUCAGCCCAUUCAUCUCUCUAUUAAAGCUCUUCUCCAAAAUGCUGAGGGAGGUAAAUGUACAGAGAUGUCAAAGAUUCAGUAUGGCGAAAUCAGAAGAUUAUGUUUUGACACCAUUCAGUUCAGAGAAGGAGCCCUUAUCGCCCAGUCUGUUGACGAAAUGAACGGAUUUAAUUUCAAAAAGACUACGAAGAAUGAAAAGAAGGAUAGCUCUGGAGGUCCUCCAAAAGAUGCUACUCAGAUUGAGUCUCCUUCCCAUGCAUUUUUCUUUGAUGAUGAGCUGCCUCCAGUUGUUGAACCAUUUUUGCCAGAGAUCGACCCAGAUAGGGAGUUUACACUCGUUCUGGAUCUUGAUGAAACAUUGGUCCAUUUCUUUGACCUUGGAGCUAAUAGCCAUUAUUUGAUCAGACCAGGGUGAGAUGAGUUCCUAUCAGAGCUAAGUAAAUACUAUGAGCUAGUUAUUUUCACUGCUGCCAUGCAGGAUUAUGCAGAUAGUGUUCUUGACCAAAUUGAUAAGGACAAAUUGAUCAAAUAUAGACUAUAUAGGCAGCAUACCUCCCCGUAUGGUCAACUUAUUGCAAAAGAUUUGAGCAGAAUUGGAAGAGACCUUUCAAAAUGUAUUCUUGUCGAUAAUGUUGCUGACAAUUUUGCUCUUCAGCCUGAUAACGGAAUAUUUAUUAAAACAUGGUAUGAAGACAUGAGCGAUACUUGCCUAUAUGAUCUGAUCCCUCUUCUCAGAUCAUUGGUUGUGAAUAAUGUCAAGGAUGUCAGAAAGGCUCUUAGAUCUUACAGAGAUCAAGCAUUGAGACAAAUAGUAGCAGGAGUCACAGAGCCCCAUAAACUAGUCAAGUAGAAUAGCACUAAAUUGACAGAAUAACAUCUCAAUAUC